GGAAAAACAUGUUCUUGUUCCACCAUUUGACUUUCCCACCCGUGUGCUCGCAUAUCUGGUUUUUAUUUUGCGUUUUUGCGUUACACACAUAGUACUUUUCGAAGUUUUCAACAUCAGUAUGCUGCGCGCAGCAUUGAUUCGCGCCCCGGCACUGCAGGCGCUUGCCGUGCUGGGAAUCAUGCUUCCGUCCGCUCAGCGGUCCGCGAAGCAAAGCGCGACGCGGACGCUCGACGUUUCGACGCACUCGUCGGAAUCGCACCAGAUCCAGACAUCCGAACGAGAUGGAAUCGCGAAGCAAGACCAAAGGCCCAGGAAUGCCCGGCUCGAGAUUCCAUCUGUUGCAACUAGCAGCUCUUCACUGCGGCCCCUCAAUACUGGGCUGCAAGCGAGGCCGAUUCAACGGCGACAGAGCUUUUUGAAGAUUGGCGGGGAGCGCAGCAGACGGAAGACUUCGCUACCGUCCGCUCCAGAAGACGCGGCGCCUGCUAAGAGGAGGACAACGCGAAGAGCCAUCCCUAAGUCAAAGUUAGCUCGCGUGUUCUUAGAGAAGAAGAAGGAAGCGUGUCUUCCUACCAUGGGAAACGUAGCCAAGAUAGCGCAGAAGGGCGCUCUGCGGAAGGCGGUUCCGGCCGAAUCUAGGCAAGCACAAGAGUUUGAAGCGCCCAGAAACGAACAACAAGCGGCCUGGAAAGCCGCACAGGAGGAGCAGCAAGCCGCUCUGGCGGAGGCGAAUAAAUUGCCGCCUCCCAGCAAUUCUCCUCCGGGCGGCGGCAGCGGGGCGGAAGAGCAGAACCUUCUUGCCGCCAGUGGCUCUGAGCAGCUUGGCCGAGGCCAGUUGGGCAGCGCAGUCGAUGUUGACAGCAUGACUCCGAACCCAGUCGACUGCAAGCGCAUAGCGCCCAACUGGAACCCCACAGCUGAGGAACUCGCAAGAACUCCGAAUCGGUUCAACGUCAUUCUAAUCCCCUUCGGGUGGCCGGGAACCGGUGUGGGCCGAGCGAAUUCUGAUGAUGAUGCCUCCUCCGAAGGAGGACCUCCGGAACCCCCGAGGCCGUUCCCCCCGAGGCCGCCUAGUAGUACCCAGGGUGAGCAGCUGCCCGGAACACGAGCUUCACGACAGACGGUGAAGGAGUCAGAGCCGCGCGAUGCGAGCGCGACCACGACCUUGCAAACCCGCGAACAACCAGCUGGAGGCUCUGUUGCUGCUUUCCGGAGUCAUGGGGAACAAGAUGCGACCUCUUUCCAUCGUCACGGAGAGACGGAUGCGGGAGGAGCAGGGCAACACCGCGGCACCGGGGGUUCUGCACUGACGGUGGAGGAGGGGAAUGACGAAGAAGCUCGUACAGGAUCGGCUCGUACAGGAUCGUCGUGGAACGCCGGUGAUGUUGAGAGAGCAGAUGCAGGACUACAUGAGCGCAGCAGCGCGGGUGCGAAGAUGUUUCUUCCGGCAGCGACGUCCACCAGAGACAGCACCGCCCCAGAUCUACCCCCCGCCCCUCCGGCCGCUCCCCCCGCUCCCCAGGAGGACGAGACCGGGCUGCGUGCGUGGCGAGAUUACACCUCGGAAAUGGUGGGGCGAAUGGAGGAACUGUUCCCGCCCUUCUCCUCGCUGGGCAACGAGUUUUUCAACGUGUGGCGGGUGAACCACUGGCCCCGGAAGUCCGAGUACCACAGCGUGCGCAGCACCGACUGCUACCACACCGCCACGCUGCCCAACGCACUGAAAGCGGUGGGUGCGGCGGACGGGUUUCCGGUCAAGUGCACCGACUGGGAGCCGCUGGCCAGGCACGCCUACGAACUGUGCCGAGGGGACCUCCCCACGAUGAAGCACAUCACUUUUUCCGUCCAGGUAUACAUGACCUACGACGACCUGGUCGUGCUGAACGGAAAGCAGUACGGCUGGGGCGAGUGGGGCCGCAACAUGAUGAUCAUGUCCGCGCGGACCUCGGAAACCGCAUCGUUCCGCGCUGCGCUGCUCGCGCACGAACUGUCGCACGCGAUGUUUGGCAUCACAGACGAGUAUGACACGUUCAUAGACCGCCGGAUUCUGGCCAAAUCGCCGAACUGCGGAUGGGAGCACGACCCCACGAAGUUCGACGAGUUUACGAAAGCGAGUGUUGGCGCGGGCGACAGCUUCGAAGCAUCAAACGGCGUUACAAGCGCAGCAGCUCCCGCAAGUAAGAGUAACACCACUUCUGCGGAGUUCGUAGCAGUGCAAAAAACAGGUCUUGAAGGUGGAAGUGCAAAAGACAGCUCCGCCAGAGCAGGAGAUGAUGAAAAUGCACCUGGGAACAAUAUAUCUCCGGGAGCCUUUUCCGGAGAAGGAGAUGAGCAGGCUUCAUCUACAAACUUGGCAAAAGUCGACGAGCAGGACGAGGCUGCUGCUUCGUUCACGGAGCACAUGGAAUCGGGCAGCGAAUUGCGGUGCUGUUGGAAGUGGCAGGACCUGGUGCGCAACGGGUUGGCCGAAUGUGUGCGCGGUGGGUGUACACAGAAGCAGUACUGCACCGGUCUGAGUACCGAGAAGUCCUUGAUGGCCGGCCCGCGCGAGACGGAUCGCAUGUCGCACGUGCACAAGCGGGUGACGUGCUGUAAGUACAGAGCAAUGCUCGGUUAUGUCCCGCAGUUUUGCAGCCACUACACGAAUAAGAACGACUUCCCUGCUCCCCAGUACCCGCUCGACCUGGACGCAUUUUGCGAUGACACCAACCGGUGGAAGGCCCUCGGCCUGGACAUGGACCCGGCGCAUCCUUUGGUGCCCGAGGCGAGUCCCAUCCAGGACGUCCAUACAGACGAAGAACUAGCAGGGGGCUCUGCGGGAAACAUGAAGAUCUCGGUGGCGAGGCGACUGGGGCAGGAGACAGUUCAAAUGCCACUGGAAGCAACUCUGGCUCGGUGGAUCCGGUUGCGGCGACAGAUGAGCCAGCGGAGGAGAGAGAUGCUUCGCCGGAUGGCGGCAAGACCACAGACGCGUAAUGUGAAUCGGGCGCAUGUUCGAUGAAUGGCAAAAAGCGCUUUCGCAUUGCCGUCUUUACUUUGUUUUACGUGGAUACUCAUCGUUUUUUUGCAGAGUUUCUGAAGCAAUCUUCACCCAAUUUCAACUCAUAGAUCAUGAAUGUAGUAGAGUAGUUACAGAAGCAAUCAAAGUCGACUUUUCAGUUAUGGUAAAAAUCUAUCACCCUGCAGCUGCACAAGAAAAUACCCCAUAAUGUCGUUCUGCUUCCAGUAGAAGUCCAAUCGAUUAUUCCCGUUACACAUUUCACAUUUCUCUUUCUGUAUGAUAAUACUAUGUACAACUCAGACGUGCAACAACAUCAUGUGUGCCACUGCGGAGC